UAAUGACACAUAUGAUUCAUUGUUAGAUUUUGAUAUACAUUGUAUUUCGUUUUAUAAAACAUACACAUAUAAUUGUACUCUCCUAUAUACGUAAAUAUUAUUUCACAUAUGAAAAUCAUUGUUGCGAUAAACCUGUAGAUUGCAAUCGAUAACGCUGAGAGUACGUUGGAAGAUUUUUUAAUGAGAUAGUUUUGUUACUGGAUCGGUGCGGGAUAUAAGUUGCCUGAAUAUUAAACGGUACAUUUGACUACUAUAGCCGCCUAGAAUGAGCGUAAAUAUAGCAGUGCUGGGUGCUGGUGUGGUAGGACUGUCUACAGCCAUCAACGUGCAGCAGUCUAUACCUAGUGCACGAGUAACUGUGAUUGCGGACAAGUUCUUCGAAGACACGACAAGUUACGGCGCUGGUGGAAUGUUUAUACCGUCCAGGCUGGCAUCGCCUAAUGUUCCUGUCGACGACCUCAGAAACUGGUGUCGAGAAUCAUGGAAGUUUUACAGACAAUUAGCACUAAGCCCGGAAGCUGGCGAUAUUGGGACAAUGAUAAUGAGUGGAUACCAUCUUAUCAACAAGCCCCUUUCUGCUGAGGACCCCCUGUAUCAGGAGUUUGUGUUCAACAGUCAAGAAAUGUCAAGGUCAGAGCUGAACGACCUCGGCUUUCAGCAAUUCCGAACUGGAUAUCGUGUGACCACUGUAAUAAUUUAUAUGAGAAAAUAUUUGACGUGGCUUCAAAAAAGGUUCGAGCAAAAUGGCGGAAUGUUUGAGAAAAGGCAUGUAAAUAGUAUAGGAGAGCUUUCAGAACAGUAUGAUGUUGUAAUGAACUGCUGUGGUCCCGGCAGCGGACGUUUGGUCAGUGAUACUCGAACUCACCCAACAAGAGGACACAUUGUCAGGGUGCGAGCACCGUGGAUCAAACAUUGGUUUCUAACUGACGGUGAAACAUAUAUAAUACCUGGGGAAGACCUUGUUGGACUUGGCACAGUGAGACAAGUUGGCAACACGAGCCUCGAUGUGGAUCCGCGCGAUACCAAAAACAUUAUUGAAGGAUGUGAAAAAUUGUGUCCUAACGUGAAAGGAGCACAAGUAGACCAUGAGUGGGUGGGGUUACGACCUGGUAGAGAUAGAAUUCGUCUUGAACCGGAAGUGUGCCAUUUUGGGAACAAAAGACUCCCAGUAGUUCACAACUACGGACAUAGUUCACAAGGUAUCGGCUUAUCCUGGGGCACUGCAGUUUAUGCUGCUAAACUCGCUGCUGAAAUACUGUCCUCAAAAUCUGGAUCGAAACUUUGAUAGACUUUAAUUCAUUUAGAUACCACUAGAAGUUACUUUUACCCGCAAGUGCGAUGAGAUUGAAAUACGAAACAAUAAGAAUAUUGAAGAAUUUGAUCAUAAACAGAUAGUUCUUCAGCUUUAUUGUUAUAUUCAUUUGUUAUUUAUUUUGUAAUUUAUGCUUUCCCCAUUGUUAUUCUUUUUACCCCAAUAAACUGUCGGCAAUGUGAGGAAAGUGAAAACAG